AUGCUGCUGCUGCUGCUGCUGCUGCUGUUGCUGCAGGCUCUGGGGGACCAGCUCCGCCUGAGCCCCCGCUACUACGAGUUGCUGCUGGCGCGAAUGAACACAGCGCGGAGACAUUUGCUGCAGACAAAUGCAAAGUACAGAGAGAGAAUAGAAUGCAUAGGGGGGGCCCCCCUGCCGGCUGUGGGGCACCCCCCCCAGGGGCCCCGCAGCGGGGGGGCCCCCCUGGACCCCAAACAGGGGCCCCCAAGUGACGCGCCCACCGUCUGCAGCAGAUGUGGGGCGCCCCGAGAGUCCGUUUCCGCGAACAGCAACCUUGGCAGCGACAGCAGCAGUAGCAGCAACAGCAGCGGCAGCAGCAGCAGCAGCACGGGCUGCUUCAUGUGGGAAGAUGAGGUCUUUAGUUCGUUUCUGGCCAUCUCUGCGGACCUUCACCGCACUCUGCCGCGUUUGGGCCUUUUCAGUUCUACGGGGUCUUCUGCUGCAGCAAAGACACAGCCAGGAGACGCAGCAGCAGAAGCAGCAGCAACAACAGGUCCCACUGCUGGUGCUGCUGCUGGGCACGCGAAGGAGGGGGAGGGAGCUGCCUCUGGCGAUGCGUUGGCGCCGCGUGAGGCCUCGUCUGGGGAAGACGCAGCAGCAGCAGCUGCUGCUGCUGCUGCUGCUUCCGACCCCUUUCCGUCCGACGUGGACAGCAGCAGCAGCAAAAGCAGCACAAGCACCAGCAGCAGCAGCGGGAGCAGCAGCAGUAGGCGAGAAGGCGCCUGCAUCGGAGCGGUUUUGCCCAGCUCGGCUGCUGCUGCAGGAGCUGCUGCUACUGCUGCUGCUCCUAAGAAGGAGCCAU